AUGGAGACAGCAUCGUCCUCCUCAACGACGACAACUAACGGCUCGGUCAAUGGGAUGCCGGCCCCGUACGGCAGGGCUUGCACAAACUGUGCGAGGGCGAAGUGCAGGUGUAUCUACCGGACCGGCGGUGCCGACUGUGAGAGAUGUCAUCGGUUACGGAAAGAGUGCAUCCCAUCGGUCUCGGUCAGGAAGAGAAAUGGCAAGCGUACCCAUGUCUCCCGUGCCGCCCAGCUUGAGGCUAAGCUAGAGGACCUUGUAUCUCUUCUCCGUCAUCAGGCCGGACCGGGUGGCACGGCUCCUUCUCCGGGUGAGUCGUCUGUUGCUUCUAGCACACCGGCACCAAGUGCUCGUUCGGCGGCCAGUGUUGCGGGUGAUCAUUCAUCACAUCCGGUGCCAGUUGCUGUUUUGCCUCCCCAGCUACCAGAUUGUCAUCCGGCUCAUGGAAAAGGCCGUCCAACGCCUGUCACUCGCGGUACUCUCCUUGGCAGCGUAUUUGAGCCUCAGGAUGUGGGACCGCGCUCACCAACCCCCCCGCCGGUCGAGCCGCCAGCCAUCCCGUAUUGCACCUAUCAGCCAAGUCCAUUCGAGGCUGCUGAUGGACUGGUGACGUUCAGAAAGUAUAUGUUGAUCUUCCUCCCAUUUGUAUACCUGCCAUCCAACAUGACGGAGGAACGGCUUCGAAAAACAUAUCCCUUUUUGUGGUUCAGCAUCAUGACUGUCACCUCCAAGAACGUGGAUCGACGUCUUGUGAUGAGCGAGUCAAUCAAGAAGUUCAUUGCCCAGAAGAUGGUCAUGGAACAUGAGAAGAGCUUAGACCUUCUUUUUGGCCUCUUGGUCAUCAUGGGCUGGACUCAUUAUCACAUAAAGCGGGAAAAACCCAUCCUUUCACUUCUGGCAUCGCUCGCAAAAUCAUUAGUAUUUGAUCUUGGCUUGAACAAAGUUCCUAGUGAGCCGUACAUUUCAGCGUGUUUGAAGACAGCCUUCCACCCUCCACCAAGAGAAAAGACGAUGGAGGAACGACGAGCCGUGCUGGCGUGUUUCCUGCUCACAUCUCAGAUAUCUCAUUCCCUAAAGAGGCUGGACGCCCUAACCUGGACGUCUCACAUGGAAGAAAGCUUACAGUUCCUUACCCAGCGGCACGAGUGGGAAGGGGACGAUCUUUUGGUUGCUCAGGUCAAGAUUCAACUCAUCGUCGAGCAGCUCAACAGGGCCACAUCACAGUCAAGAGACAAUGCGCCACCUUCGUACUAUCUUUCGGCCCUCCACACUCAGCUUACCAACAUCAAGACCCAGCUCCCCAGUCAUUUGCAACAAAACGACACAAUCCUCAGCCACAUCUCCUACACCGAGCUCGCCAUCCACGAAGCCGCCGUUGCCAAGCCCCGUAUCUCCCCAACCACCACCGUCCCCGACCUCCAGCGCUACGCCGCCAUGGAGGCCUGCCUCAACGCCAUCAAAGACUGGUUCGACCGCCACUUCUCCAUCCCGUCAUACGUCUACAUCGGCAUGACGUUCAGCUACUGGUGCCACAUGGCCCACUGCCUCCUCUCCCUCUACCGGCUCUCCGUCCUCGACGACCCCGCCUGGGACCGCCGCGCCGUCCGCAACAAGCUCGAUCUGCUACGGAUCUGCGACCAGCUCAAGCUAGGCUUUGAGGAGCUCUCCGCCAAAAGAAGGCUAGACUCGGGCCCGACGAUCGAGGAGGAUGGGUUCACCAAGUUUAACAUGAUGCUGCGGACAAUGAAGAGCGGGUGGGUGGCGGAGCUGGCGGCGAUUGACGGGGUGGAUCUGAACGGCGGGGGGCAUCAUUCGAGCUCGGUGGAACAGUACCUGGAUGCGGGGAACGCGAAUGAGCUGAACUUGCCGUUGUUUCAUGCCGAGGAUCCGGAGGCGUGGAUGGCGGGGUUGUUCGAUAUGAAUUGGGAUCCUUGA